AUGCAUCUCACAUGUCACGGAUGGAUGCAUAUUGCCACAUGUCAUAGUUUCAUCCAUUCAUUUGACCAGUUGGAGCCGAAUCACCCCCUCCUUACUUUGCUGAACAUGUGCAGAGUUUAUUGGAAGGGUUCCUGGGACUGCAGAAUCUUUCAUGUUUUCAGGGAGGUUAACUUUGCUGCUGACUCUGGCAAAGAUGGGGCAUGCAAUGGAAAUGGGUAUCACUGCUUUGUUUUGCCUCCUGGUGGUAUUACCAGUGUUCUCCAAGAAGACAGGGAUGACCUUUUAAGGUCUAGACUGAUUUAUGUUUAG